AGUUGUCAAGAGCAAGACUUGCUGAUGUGUCUGGAUAGUCUGGUUAAAACUACAUAACAGUGUUUUAGUCUAACAAAGUUAAAUAACGAGGGUGAUAAGAUCGGGUGGUUGGAAACAGGUAUAACGUUACGUCGAGGACAGCUGGGAAAGAUUGAUGGUGCGAUAACCGCUACAUUUGCCAUUCUAACUUUUACUAUGGUUUUAGUUCACAAGACAUGCUUACUUACAAGUGUUUGGUCUACCAGACACCAACUCGCAGUUAUUGAAACUCCGGCCAUAGAUAAAAUACAAUUGUAGCGGUCAAAGUGUUAAUAUAAAUGAUAAACUGCUUGUUUGAUCUGUUUUAAUAUCGAGACUAAACAAUUGAUCCACUUUGCAUGUAUUAAAUGUUGUCGUGAUUCACAUUCCUACAUCCAAGUAAUUUAAAGUAUGAAACAAUACAAUAUUUUGUGUUCUUUAAAUCGUAAUGUUUGCCGGGGCGUGGUUUAGAGUACGUGACCAAUAGCGUGUAAAUGGGCGUGUUCUAAAUGCGUCACUCAAUGUAUUUUACGAUGUCUUGCUUUCAUUUAAACAGCAAGCGACGUUGCGUUGAAGAUUAACAUUUAAAACCAUAAAGCAUUGCCCAGGGAUAUGGCUCAGGAGACCAACCAGACCCAAGUGCCUUUACUCUGUGCCAAUGGUUGUGGGUUCUACGGGAACCCCCGGAAAAACGGCAUGUGCUCGGUGUGCUUUAAAGACUCCUUACAGCGGCAAAAUGACAGCGGAAGAUCCAGCGACCCAGUGUCAUCAAGCAUAAGCAGUAUAGGAGAAUCUGUGUCUGUCCAGUUGACGUCACAACAUGAGCGGAACAGUAUCCUCUCCAAGCAGAAUUUCUCAACGACCACGGCAGCUACACAUACAGACGAGGCAACAACAGUUUCUCAAGUGGCUUUGACAACACAAGAAGUACAACAUGAUGGAGUGUCGAGCACCAAAUUAGCAAGAAACAUUCAGGAGAAAGCCACCACAGACAAGCUGGUUACAGCAGGUAGCUCAGUGGAGGACAGCACAUUGAGAAGAAAGAGGAAGUUGGAUGAAACUUAUCAGCCAGUUGAAACAGAGUCUGUAGCCUCAGCAGCAGACGUCUCAGAUCAGACCUUAGAUGUACCAGAACAUUCCAAACCCAAGAAAAACCGCUGUUUCACCUGCCGCAAGAAAUUGGGGCUCACUGGCUUUGGAUGUCGAUGCGGACACUUAUUUUGCAGCGUUCACCGAUACACCGACAUUCACAGUUGUAGCUUUGACUAUAAGGCUGAUGCUGCUGAGAAAAUAAGAAAAGAAAACCCCCUGGUCGUUGGGGUGAAAAUCCAAAAAAUUUAAGCUGCUUCCCCAACACCUUAAAAGUUGUGCAUGGCACAAUGAAACACAUCUACAUAUUUUUCCCUGUGUCCUUUUACCUCUUAAAUUUCUUUAAUUACAAAUACUUUGGUUUAUAACCCACUAAAUAUUUAUAUAAUUACAGUAAUAAUUUAAUUUACUUUAUGUUCUGAAACAUUUGUGUGGCUGUGCAUUUCUGGUGUCUGAACAAAGCUUGCAUGUUUAAACCAUUGCCAGAAUAUGUCGUUUUGUUUUAUUUUAGUUUCUUCAAAUAAGGAUCAUACCAAUUUACGUAAUGUUAUAAAAGAUAAGGUUUUCAACAAUUACUGUAUUUGCCCUUUCAAGUACAAGUGAUUACAACUAUACAAGUGGUCGUGUGUGUGCAGCUAUAUGCACCAUCGCUGGAUUAACACGUUUUGCACUUCAUUAUGGACUGUGUUUACUUUUUCUUUAGGGUACAGUUACUAGUUUGAGUGAAAGUUGUGUGUGACAGAAAUGAGAGUGCUUUAUUUAUGUUUGUGCAUGCACUAUGUUCAUGUUCAAUAAAGUUUUACACAUCACAAAUGUAA